CAUCACGUGGCUUCCUGGCUGCUUUUCUGCUAUUUGAGGGGAAUGGCUGCUGUUGCUGUGGUGGAAGCUUCGCCCGGUGCCGAUCCUGUAGCUGAAGGGCUACUCGAGCUUAUAAAACCAGCGAUCCAGCAGCUGGAUUUACACGUGCACUCAGUCAGAGAAAGCCAGGUGGAACUAAGAGAGCAUAUAGACAACUUGGCCACAGAGUUAUACCGGAUAAAUGAACACCAGAAGGUUGCGCUAGACCUGGAUCCUUAUGUGAAGAAGCUACUUAAUGCGAGGCGUAGAGUAGUGCUUGUCAACAAUAUUCUACAGAAUGCUCAGGAACGCCUGAGGAGGCUAAACCACAAUGUGGCCAAGGAGACAGCACGAAGGAAGACCAUGCUUGAAGCAUCUGGAGUGUUCACCCCCCGCUCUCCUAGUAGACCAUGAGCAUGGUUCCACUCUGCAUGGCAUCGUGACCUGUCAGAGGGCAUGAAACACUAACACAGGAAGCACAAGUGCCCAGAGAGCCCAUCUCACUAGAAUAUUCAGUUAUGUGUUUGUUCUAGAUGUCUCGCAUUGUUUUGUCCUGAAUUAAAAAAGUAUGUUUAAAAUUAACACAGAAUAGCAUGAUCUAUAACAGUUAUUUAAAACUCUUAAGGUUUUGCAUUCUGCUAAUAUUUGAAAAAUGUUUCCUAUUAUAGUGUCCGUGUUUUCAUUAAAAUGCAUACAUUUUGUUGAGUUUUGGGAAGCACCAGAUUUUGGAUUCUAAUUUAAGUCCUAUUCUGAUGAGAUUAGUUCUACCUAGGGACUACAUGUGAUUUGUAAUAAUUGCCAAGAGUGUUUGUGUUGUUAAUCCCGGGUGCAUCAGCCAUGUCCAUAAUUUGUGGAGUAAAAAUUACCCCACAAAUGACCUACUAUAUUUUGCUGAAUUCUGAUGUCCUGCUAUAAUAAGACAGAACUAGUGAUUUGGACAUGUGAUUUGGACAGAAAUGAUAUGUGAUUAUGUGUUUUUUGUUUCAUGGGUGCAAUUUAAUUGACUUUGGCUUAGAAUGGAGGCUGCAUUGGAGUGUUUAGAAAACCUUUUGGGUCCCAGGCUGGCAAAACCCUAUUGGACCAUAAUGUACAGCAUCAAAAAGAAAAGGUUGAAGAGAAGGCACAAUAUCUGAUGCCAAUGGUAGAUCACAUGCUUUGAUCUGUGCAGUAAGAAUCAUUUUCUUCUUUUUGUAGCCUUCUGUUAUAUAGCAGCUAACAUACACAAUAUGAGCGGAUAAUACGCGUCACGUUAACAUAUCCUGGAUAUGUCCAUAAAUUUCAGCAAAAUCUUGAGGCUUCGCUUGUCCCAUGAAAAUGCACCACACAAAAAGGGGGUGGGGGGUAAUUUAUUACUUGGAGUCCCCAAGUAAUGCUCAUCCCUUGCAAAUAGGGUUAAUGACGAUACAUUUUUUUUAAAGUGCAGUUUGAUUGCUAUAGAAUUGUGGUCUAGUAUAGCCCUGUUCAAAAUUUUUUUAGUUUUAAUAUGGAGUUUAAUUAGUAUAAUAAUCAGGGGUUCCUUUGAAACCAUUGUUUCUUUAUUGGUUGAGAGGGUUAUGGAGUAUAAAUAGAGCAUUUGACAUUAUAGCUGUCAUGAUUCAUCGAAUGAUUUGAGGGCCUCAAUAAAUAAAAUUUAUCUUCGCAAAAUUA